UGGGGAACAGCUGACAGCCCAAACAUUAGACAUCUUUGAUUAAAUUUUUGUGUUGCUCCUUGAUGAGAGUUUGAAAUGAACUAUGACAGAAACAUAAUAAGUGGGUGGUUUAUUUGAGUUUAUUGUUUUUAAAGGUUUUGUUUGCAGUUAACAUCUUUACUUGUUACCUCUUUAUUUUGGCGUUAUUUUAAAAGUGACGUCAUGUGAUUGCGCUUUCAUGGAGUACCACUUAUUUAAGGAACUUACUUUUGUUUUGGUUUGGUUGUCCGCAAUUUAAUUUACAAACAUGAAUUUUCUGUCAGUUCAAAACACCCAAAACAGCUUUAUGAAACCACACAAUAAUAAUUUCGUGUUAUCAGAAACACCUUCGAAAACCAACUUUAUAGCUGAUAGCAGGCAGUUGACUGAAAACAACAAUCAGUUAAAUCCGAAUGGUCAGGAGAAAACAAUAAAAGAACGGUGGCUCUACAAGAUGGGUCAGAUCAAAAGCGAAAAUACCGGAAAUUUCGACAAUACUAAAUUGACCUGGGAUGUUGUCAAGGAAAACGAAACGACCAAAGUUACUGAAAAUCAAACGCCUGAAAAUCAAAACUUAAUUUCGAGCGAUGUUAAGAAAGAGGAAAUUCAGGAUAAUGAGCAAAGUAAUACCAAAGAAGAAUCUCCUUCUCACCAUGCCAGAAGACCGCCGAAUGCCUUUUUGAUAUUUUGUAAGAAACAUCGACCUAUUGUUAGAGAAAAAUAUCCAAACUUAGAAAAUAGAGCAGUCACUAAAAUUUUGGGAGAGUGGUGGGCAUUAUUAAAUAGCACUGAAAAACUGCCAUAUAACAAUUUAGCUAAAGAGUACAAAGAUGCCUUUUUAUCAGCCAACCCGGACUUCAGAUGGUACAAACUACCGGCUCCACCUCUUCGCACGCUAUCCACGCGGCCUCUACCGGCUCCCAAGCCUCAUCCAUCCAUAUCUAGUCCUUCCAUAGCCCCCACGACCGUUACCUCCUUAUCCGAAUUCACGCCCGGCAAGCUGGCCGACGAAUCCCAACUCGGAGGCCUUACGUCCUUGAUGAACAAUUUCGUCUCCACGCCGAAGAUCGAAGCGGAGCACAACAACAACGUUCCGAAAACGGAAGCCAAAAUCAAAAUCGAGGACACUUUCGUCAGCCCCGUGACUACUAUUAGAGUCAGCACGCCCCCGAAGCCUAUCAAGAAGAGAUUGGUCGAUUAUGUGGAUCCUAACGUUACCGAUUGCUCCAGGAAUCUUUCGAUGGAUGAUGAUGCCGCUGAGGAAUUCGGAAACAAUUCGAAUCGAGAAACGGUAGAUAAGAUUUUCGAGGAUGGUUUCAUAAAAUACACCGACGACAUCAUCAUCGACCAAAACGGGCUGAAAGAGCCGAGGAAAUCGGAGCGACGGUGCAAAGGCAAGCGCUACGAGACGUUCAUGGUGGCGAGCAAGCUGCUGGGCAACAAACGGGAACCGACGAAGUUCGUCCAUCAGCGGCAAACCCGCUCGGAGACGGACCUUCAAUUCAACAACAACAAAUCCGAAACACCAAAGCUAGACCUAGGCAACACCAUCAAGCGGCUCGCCGAGCGCACCAACAUCAAGAUCGACUUCGACGGCGACAAGGAGGCGCAGCCGGACGUGAAGCGCGAGCGCAGCAUGUCCGAGACGUCCGAGGGCGAAGGGAAGAACUCGCCGCCGAAUUUCGACUUGAACGCGCGCAUCUCGGGCCUGUCGAGCCUGAGCUACGACGAGUUCACGCAGCGGAAGCGCGACAGCAAGAAGAGGAAGGCGCGCGCCAAGCCGGAGGGCGAGCACCGCAAGAAGGCGCUGAAGCUGAGCAAGGACGCGCAGCCGGUGGGGUCCAAGAAGCGGAAAAACAAGCAGAGCAUCACUCAUUUAGGUGGCAAAAACGACGCUGGUAACGUUAAUAGCGAUCUGUUGGGUUUGGCGACUUUGGCCGAAGUGGCGGCUAAUACUGAAAAAAUUAACGAAAAAAUCUCAGAGUAAUUAGUAUUAUUUAGGAUUUAAUUCGAUCUAGACGAAAGUCAUGCAUGUGCCUAAAAAUAAUUCAAGUUUCUGUUAUUGGCCUUAACAAGUUGGCGCAAUAUAAAUUAUUUCCAAAGUUUAAUAAGAUAGUAUAAUUAAUAAUGCUACAACAUUUUCUGGUUAGUUACUAACCUAUAAAGGGUGUAUCUUAAUAACACCGAAAAAAAUUAAAUGGUGAUUAAGGUGGGUACUUAGUAUCAAAUUUUUUGAACCCCCCGAAAAAGUUAUACCCCUCCGAAGAUAAAAAAAAUAUGUUUCUUCUUUUUGUAUUUUCCUUGUAUAAGCUAAGCUAAAGACACGAAAUUUGGGGAAUAUUAUUUGUUAAUGAAACUACACAUUUUGAAUUUUUUUCAUUGAAAUUCAUUUCGUUGAAUU